AUGGAAUUGGAGGAAAAGGGGCAAGACCACGUGGCGGAGAGAGGCAUGGAGCACACGCGCCUGUUCCUCCUGCCAGUGAGCUUUAGGCCGAGCCUUGGCUCUAUGGCUCUGGAACUCAUCAGACCGCGUCUUUUCGUCGCUGGUACUCGCCGUGGACGGCGGCGAGGGCGAUGUGAAAAGGUCGAGAAGCGGAAUGACCUCCACGGCGGAGAAGCGUUGGGAGCAGCCGUCUCGCCGCUGAUCGCCUCCCUCAUCUCCACCCUAUCCUCCGGGUUGGCCUCGGUGCACGCGACCCCGAUCCUCAACAUCCUCUCGAUCUGUUCUUUCGGGCCAGGGCCCGCUAUCUCCGGGUCGACUAGCUCCGUGGCUCGACCCUCUGCCACCGCCUGGCGGGCCCACUGCACGACGUCCGUCCCUCCCUUCUGGUUGUUUAGGUACUGUGACGGGAACUUCCCAGUGACGACCUCUAGCACGACGACCCCUAGGCAAUACACGUCGCUCUUUGGGGAGAGUUGUUGGUAG